AUGAACGCUUCUUACAAUAAAAGCAAAGAUAUAAAUUCAAAAUAUAAAGGUCAUGUAGUUGAAUAGAAAUAUAAUGACAGCAUCAUAUAAAAUUAAAAUUUAGAACCUAAAAAGUUAUUUCCUUCUUAUUAGGAAUAAAGCGAGUAAUUCUAUGAAGAAAGCGAUUAAAAUCUCAAUGAUGAAAAUCCACUUACUGAAUAGGAUGAUACAAGCUUUGAAGAAAAUAAUGCUAGUUUUUUGAAAACUUUCAAAUAUAAAAAACAAUCUAAUGAAUAAUAAAAUGAUAAAAUUAUUUCAAGUGAUGAAUUGUAAUCUGAUGACUAAUAUGCUAAAAAUAAAAAUAGCUAGUAGUCUGACUAAUCCCAUAUGAUGAGCAAUUAUAUUGAGUAAUUAAAGAAAGAAAGAAAUUAAGUUGGAUAUAAAAACAAGUUUGAUAAAAAAAAGAUUGGAAACCAACAACGCAGUUUUCAGAACAACUAACAAAAUAGCUAAAAUAUUGAAAAGAAGGCUUAGAAUGCUGAGGGCUUUAGAGAAGACUAAUUACUGAAAGAAGAUAAUCUAUUUACAAUAAAAAAUCAUGAUUAAAAAAGCAAUUAAAUUGGAACUGUAUAUUUGAAUUCUGGAAAAAGCAAUACAUUAAAUAAAAAUAAUGGAUAGUUCUAGUAUAACUAGUUGCAAAAUUAAACCAAUGGUUAAAGAUUUUUUUAAAAAUAAAUUGAAAAUUAAAUAUAGCAAGUUUAUUAGAAUAAAUCUGAUUUAAGCAAUUAACAAUAUGCAAUAAGUAAAAACUUAGAAAGAACUUUUAAUAAUUAAUAAUACAUUCACGAAGAAAGGAGUAGUGAUGAAUGUAAAAGCAGUUCAUCUAGUGCUAAUUAUGAAAAAAGUAAAUCCUAAUAAAAAAAUAAAUAUAAUAUGUAAUAGCUAGAUAAUAAAUUAGAUUAAAAUCUUAUCUCAACUUAAGAAGAUAACUAUUUCACUCUAAAAGAUAGUACCAAUUUAAUCAACACAGUUGACAUAAAUACAGAGACAGAUGUAAAUAAAAAUGACAAUAUUUAAAUUAAUCUAAAAAAUACUUUUUAAUAAAUACCAUCAAAGAAAAAUGAUUAGCAAAAGAAUAAUCUUCCUGUUUUUAAUACUGUUGAAUAAACUAUUUCCUCUUCAAAUUAAUCUCAAAAUUUGUGUAAUGAUCAAUAGCUAACUCCUAUUAUAUAAAGCAAUUAAAUUAGCAACAUAAAUUAGAUAAAUUUUACAAACAAGAAGUAAAAUUAAAAUAAUGGUAGAUAAAAUGAUCAUUAAUUAACUAAAUCUAAAUCCUAAAUUUAGUUCACAAACAACAACUUUAAUUCAAAUGAAAUACAAGACAAAUAAUAUGAUCUGCAAUCACCUUUAAGCUAAUUAAAUUUAUUUAAGCAUUCAGUAAAAGCAAAUUAGAAAUCAAAUUUUUAAAACAAUAACAAUUUUAGUACUGAUACUAAAAAUAUCAUAAAUGAUGAAAAACUAUUAAAUUAAGAUACUUAAGGCAAAACUUAUGAAAAAUCUCAACGUUAGCUAUAAGCAUUAAAUAAUGAUAAUUAGAUCUCCUUCUAGAAUAUUUAAUAAAACUAGUAAAACUCCUAAGUAAAAGAGUCUCUUUUUGGAAAUUUAAAUAAUUUUUAAAUAGAAUUCUUUUAAAAAAUUUAAUGUGCCUAAAUAUAGCAAUAUGAAUUAAUUUGUGAUAAAGAAAAUAAAUUUUAUUAAGAGAGAAAGAAGAGCCUUGAAAAAAAGUAUGAAUAGAUGUCUAACAUAAACCUUUAAUAAAAAGAAGGUGCAAGUAGUUAGUAAAUAAAAAAAGAAAACUGCCUUUAAAUAAUUGCUGAAAGGCUAAUGUUGGAACUUAGAAUGGCUAAUAAAAUUAUAUCGUUCUUAGAUUGCUAAAAUAAAUACUUUUAAAAAAGACUAGAAGACAUAAGCAGAUCCACGAUUUCAGAUGAGAAAAAGUAUUUGACAUUAAGCUAAUUUGUAUGUAAUAAUUGCUAGAGCACUUCUUUUUUAGAAAAGGAAGAUAAUUUAACUUUCAUUAAAAAUGCUAAAGUUAGCUAGUUAAGCAGUAGCUGCUCUAAUUAGAACCAUAAUUUUAGUUAAGUAGAAUAGAAUGCCCAUUUUGUUAAUUAGAAUAGCGAUUUAAUACAAAAAAUAAAUAACCUUAAUAUUUCAUAAUAAAGCUAUCAGUAGAGCUAAUAAUAAUAAAGUAGUUUAUAAGAUGAUUUUAAAAACAUAGUGAGUGAAUUUAAUAAUUUAAAAAAACUUAGCAUUAAUUUAUAGAAGUAAAUAGAAUUACUAUAAAAAGAGAAUCAACAAAUAAUAUUAAAAAAUAAUUCAUUAAUGGAAAGUAUAAUGCAGAAAGAGUAAAUGAUUUAAAAGACCGUCAUAUAGCAUGAAUAAGACAAAAAAAAUUUAAUUUAAGAGAUAAACAUGCUUACAAAAGAAAAUUGUGAUAUUAGAGACAAUUUUUAAGAAUAAAUUAAAUAAAUCAAACUUCACGAAGCUUAAGAAUUCCAUAAUUUAGAAGAAAAAGUUAGGUAGACUAUUUUAAAAAAAGAUGAUUGCAUAUAAAAAUUAAAUUAAAUAAUCUAUGAGCUAAGAGCUUAGUGA